GUUUUGGAGAAGCAUAUUCUCAAAACCCCAAUGUGCAAAAUCCCAUUCCAUUGGCAGAUAAAAACAUAAACAAUUGCCCCCAUUUCUAUUUCCAUGGUCCAAAUUCCAUGCUAGUAAGUGCCAAUUGGCUCUACUUUGCUCCUCAUACAUACUUGUAUUUUCCUCCCUCUCAAAACCUCUCAUUUUCAUACUUCCUCACUUCUCAGGUUUCUUCUCGAUGAACAUAGAAACUCACUAAAACCCCACCAAAAAAGUUGAAUUCUUUUGAAGUUUUGAUGAAUUUUUCUGUAAUUAAACCUUCUUCAUCAUCUUCAUUUAAUCAAAAGCUGUUCUAUCCUAACCACAACCCAUAUCAGAGAGCAAUUUCCUUCAUUUCUUUAUCAGUUUUCAGGACAAAAAAGCCCAAAAACCAUGUAAUUUGUACAUCAUGUAAACUUCCCAUCAAUGAUCCUUAUAAUAGUUUUGAAAGGUUCAAUCUUUCAAUACCCUUAAACCCCUUUUCCUUAGUGGGUCCAAUUCUGCAAAGUUUAAGGAAUUUCACCAGAAAAGCAGCAAACUUUAGAUGUGUUUCUUAUUUGAAAGACCCAGGAGUAGAUGAAAUUGUUCAUUUGCAUAACAAAAAGACUCAAUUUUUGCAUAAUGGAGGACUUGGGAUGGCAUUGUUAACUGUUCAAUCUACUGCUAGAGAUCGAUUUAGUCCAUUUGUGGCAACUUUAGCAACAAAUCCAACAUUUGUUAGUGGGUUUUUGGCAUGGUUUUUGGCUCAAUCAAUGAAAGUUAUGUUGAAUUUCUUCGUAGAAAGGAGAUGGGAUUUAAGGAUUUUUUGUUCUUCUGGUGGUAUGCCUUCAUCUCACUCUGCUUUGUGCACUGCUUUGACAACUUCUGUUGCACUUUGUCAUGGUGUUGCUGAUGCUUUAUUCCCAGUUUGUUUGGGUUUUAGCCUUAUUGUUAUGUAUGAUGCUAUUGGGGUUAGGAGACAUGCUGGUAUGCAAGCUCAGGUUCUGAAUAAGAUCAUAGAGGAUUUAUUUCAAGGGCAUCCCAUCAGUGAAAGGAAGCUUAAGGAACUUCUUGGUCAUACUCCAUCACAGGUCUUUGCUGGAGCUCUUCUGGGAAUUGUAGUGGCAUGUUAUUGUUGUCAAGGUUGUUUAAUUCCCUUUUAAAUAGUUUUUGCCGUUUCGGAUCGAAUUCUUCUUCCUCCAUUCCAAUUUUUGGGGUUGCUAGAAGAGCUUUGUUGUAUAAUUGUCAUGAAAACUUACUACUUUCAUAGUGAUGUGCCAUAAACAAUCUUUUGUUAUGAGCAAGAUCUUAGGAAGCUUAGGUGCUUCCUUGAGCUUUUGUAAAAGUUUUAUGGUUUUUGCUUGUAGUUAUGUAAAAAUAUGUAUGUUGCUAUUAAGUUUGGAUUCUCUUGUAAUUUGAACAACAAUUAUGUUAUAAAUUUGGAGCCUUUUACGCUA